UUUAUGUUCGUUAGUUGUAUUUGUUAAAUUAGUUAGAAACGGCCACGACGACCACCUCUCGAAACGUCUCAUAAAAGUUUUAACUCUUGAUACUUGACAAUUGUUUUCUCAGAGUUUGGUUGGGCUGCAACAUCUUGACUCCAAAAUCGUCGACGUAGUCCGCUUUCACGUAAAGCCAUGCACAGCUGAGAUGAACUAAUGGAUGUUUAUGCACGGACAUUUAGGUUGCGUACGCUGCACUAUUUUUGAAUGCUUGACUUAUCGUCUGCUUUUCUGGAGUUCAUCGUAGGCUAUAUUAUCACACAAUGAAGGCAGUGAGGGCUGUUCUUCUGAUUGGAAUAUGGAUCCUGGUGCAGGAGUGGGCGAUGUGCCUUAGUAGUGGAGAGGAACACUCACGUCAAACAGAAAAUGUGAAUCCUUGUUGCUAUUACCCUUGCCAGCACUGGGGCAUUUGUGUGAGAUAUGGGCUGGGUAGAUAUGAAUGUGACUGCACCAGAACUGGGUACUAUGGAGAAAACUGCACUAUCCCUGAGUUCUGGACUAGGGUCUGUGAGCUUCUGAAGCCCAGCCCGGAUGUCAUGCACUACAUCCUGACUCACUUCCACUGGCUCUGGGAUAUCAUCAAUAACACCUUCCUAAGGGAAUGGCUCAUGCGCACAGUACUCACAGUUCGAGCCAACCUAAUUCCCAGCCCACCCAUCUACAACUCCAAGUAUGACUACGUGAACUGGGAGACAUAUUCCAAUAACACCUACUACAUGCGAAUCCUUCCACCUGUGCCAGUGGACUGCCCAACGCCUUUAGGGACCAAAGGAAAAAUGCAACUUCCAGACCCAAAGUUGGUGGUGGAGAAGUUCCUUCUGAGGCGGAGCUUCAGGCCAGACCCCCAGGGAACAAACUUAAUGUUUGCCUUUUUCGCUCAGCAUUUUACUCACCAGUUCUUCAAGACCCACAAUCGUGUGGGACUAGGCUUUACUAAAGCUCUGAACCAUGGGGUGGAUGCUGGCCAUAUUUAUGGGGAUAAUCUUGAACGACAGCUGAUGCUUAGACUUCACACAGAUGGGAAGCUGAAGUACCAGAUGAUAAACGGAGAGAUGUACCCACCUACUGUGGCCCAGUCGAAGGCAAACAUGAGCUACCCUCCAUCGGUGCCCCCAGAUGAGCAGCUGGCAAUAGGCCAGGAAGUGUUCGGUCUGCUCCCGGGCCUGAGCAUGUAUGCCACCUUGUGGCUGCGUGAGCACAACCGCAUUUGUGACAUCCUGAAGCGAGAGCAUCCCACCUGGGAUGACGAGCAACUUUUUCAGACCACCAGGCUAAUUAUUAUCGGCGAGACCAUUCGGAUAGUGGUCGAAGAGUACGUGCAACACCUGAGCGCCUACCGGCUAAAGCUGAAGUUCGACCCGUCCCUUCUCUUUCGCUCACAGUUCCAGUAUCAGAACCGCAUUGCCGUGGAGUUCAACCAACUUUACCACUGGCACCCGCUCAUGCCUGACAGCUUCUUCAUCGACGGCGCUGAGAUCCCUUACUCACAGUUCAUCUACAAUACCUCCAUCCUUAUGCACUAUGGAAUAGAGAAACUUGUUCAGGCCUUCUCCACUCAGCAAGCGGGACAGAUUGGAGGUGGUCGUAAUAUCCCCCAGGUAGUGAGCAAAGUAGCUGAAGGAGUCAUUAAAGAAUCCAGAGAACUUCGGCUUCAGCCAUUCAACGAGUACCGCAAGCGGUUCAACCUGAAACCAUAUACAUCCUUCUUCGAAUUCACAGGCGACGAGGAACUUGCUCGUGAGUUGGAGGAGCUAUACGAGGACAUUGACGGUAUGGAGUUCUACCCAGCCCUGUUGAUAGAGAAGACCCGGCCCGGCGCCAUUUUUGGCGAGAGCAUGGUAGAAAUGGGCUCACCAUUUUCCCUGAAAGGACUUUUCGGAAACCCUUUAUGUUCACCGGAGUACUGGAAGCCCAGUACAUUUGGCGGUCAGACUGGCUUUGAUGUGGUCAACUCGGCAUCGUUGGAGAAACUAGUUUGCCUGAAUACUAAAUGGUGUCCAUAUGUAUCCUUCCAUCUGCCUCCAUCAGGCUCUCAGCAGCAACAACAACAACAGCAACCCCAUGCUGAACUGUAGCCAAAAAUGAUAGCAGAAGAUUCUCUGUCUCGUAGAACUAAGAUAAAUACAACUGUGCUGUUGGAAACGCUCUGCGCAAAAUGUAUGUUUGCACAGUCUGCAGACUUGUGGAUGUAAGAAUUCAGUUAUUCUAUAGUAUUAAUAUCUUUUUAUAAAUAGUAAGUUUCAAAGAGCCUGUUUAUGUAGAUGUGAAUGGAACAAUGCCAAAUGUUUUUAUAUAAUGACAAAGUGGCCAGCCUUGGGAACACUGCCCCUAAACACUCUGGUAUAAUCAUCUUUAAGUUGGUAUAGACCACUAUAAGGCAAAAAAAAGAAAAAGGACUAAAUGUUUAGUUUUUGGUUUUUUUUUAUUUAUUUAAAAAAAAAAAUACAGUAAAGAUGAUCAAAGCUAUAUUGCUUUUGGGAGACCAACCUUUAGAAUGGAUGCAUUUUGUACUGAAUGACUUUUGGAUUGACUUUAAUACUUCCUUAAAGAAGGCAGGGGAAGUGAGAAAAAGAGGAAGCUAUACUCAUUUCUGAAGUGUCUGAGAGCUGAGUCACAGUUGCAGUUGAGGUUUCAAAGGGUUUCAAAGCUGUGUCAAGCAUAAUGUCUUGCAUAUCACCUAACCUAGUUUACAGUGACGAUGCCAAAAGAGUGUAAUCCACUGUUAGCUGCAAUCUCUGUCCAGUCAAAUAUUGAAGUGUUGUUCUUAAAAAAGGGUGAAGAGUAUUAACAUAUAGGCUGCUAAAGAUUAAUUUCUGAUAUGUGAUGGCUUCCAGUGAAACUCUUGUUAGAAGUAGCAAGUCUUCCGAUGUACUAGUCAGUUAAAGAUGAUCAAUUGGGACCAGUCAUUUGUUGAACCUCACUGAAUGAUAAUUUGGCAGUCAUUUCUUUCAUUUUAGUACACAACUGUCAUUUUAAAAUUAAGAUAGCUAGUUGUAAUCAAGCAGGUGAAGAGCAUAGAUUGUAGACUGUUAAUUGAAUUAUUAUUAUAGAUUAUAGAUUGAGUUCAACAGAUUAUAACUGCUUUUGAUUUCUUUCUCUCUUUUUUUGUUAGUUUAUUUGCUGAGAGACUACAUUUGUUUUUAUUGUUGUUCAAAGGUGUUUGUUUACCUUGGUAUUAUUUCUCCUAGUUCAGUGAUGUGAGAAUAAGACAGUGUGUAGUGAAACAAAUGGAUAGACAUAUUGUGUACCAUGAAAACGUCCUAAACAUAGAGGAAGAUGGCCAAAAAACAUUUUCACCACAACAUCUGCAUUUUAUUGCAGGCAUAAUAAAGUUUAACUCUUAUGAAUGACA